AUGGCUUCAUUAAAGUACUCUGCUGUGUUCCUGGGUCUCCUCACGCUCAUAAGCACGCCCACUGGCGUCCUCGGCAGGCCAAACCCCACAACACCCGGAAGCAGCCAGCACACACCCAUCAACGAGCGCACAGCACAGGAAGUCGUCGAGAAGCUGAGCCUCGUCCCGAACGAUGAGAAGGGCUACUACAUCCAGACCUUUGAGGACCCCUUCACCAUAACCAGCCUGAACCGCUCCGCUAGCACCGCCAUCUACUACCUCCUCGAGGGCACAGCUGGAGAUUCGAUCUGGCACCGUGUGGACGCGGCCGAGGUGUGGCACUAUUACGCCGGGGCGCCGCUUGUCCUGUCGCUGUCCUACGACGACGGGCAGCCCCUGCGGAAGGCGACGCUCGGCCCGGAUGUGUUUGACGAUCAGGCGCCGCAGGUGGCGAUCCAGAGGGGGGAGUGGCAGUCGGCGAGGAGUCUGGGCGAGUGGACGCUUGUUGGGACGACAGUCGCUCCUGGCUUUAUCCCGAGUGGAGUUGAGCUUGCCGACCCGGGGUGGGCCCCAGACGUGUCAUGA